AUGACCGAUUCUGAUGAAGAGCUGCUUGGUGUAGGGGAUGCAAGGUCCACAUGUAGCAUCCUGGAGCAGACAGACAUUGAAGCCGUGGAAGCUCUCGUUUGUAUGAGUUAUUGGGGACAAAGAUCCCAGAUGAGACCCCUCACACCUGUCUCUGAUUCCGGCGACAUUACCAGCACUGUGCUUAUGGACACAGCUGCACCUGAUCUACCAAAGGACUUCCAUUCUUUUUCAACUCUGUGUAUAACUCCUCCUCAGAGCCCAGAGCUCACAGAACCAUUGACAGGGACCCCUGUUCCUUCCCAAGUAACUAAUUUCAAAGGAUGCAUGGUCACCACCCUCCCUGAAUCCUCCACUGUCUCCCCCAGAGUGCUGAGCAGGAAGGAGCCACUGGAGCCAGCCUCAGGAUCCUCCUGCAGGGCUGUGAUGACCAGUGUGAUCCAUCACACUGGGGAGGGCCCUGUUUCUACGUGUUUUCCAACUGCCCCAGCUCAAGUGCAACAACUGUCUAGCAGCAGAGAAGGACAAGUAGAGCUGCUAGGCCAUCGUGAAGCUUUGCAAGACACUCACUUGGCAGAUGGUUUACUUGUUUCUAACUCAGUUUCCUGUCAGCCUUGCUUGCACAAGUCUGGUGUCCCAUUCCCCACCUACCAAGGCCAGCAGACAGGAUGGCCCACUGCCAUUCAGACCCACUCACCAAAGAAUUCUGAAAGUGACUUGUCAAGGAAAACCACCCCUCUGAUUUCUGUCCCUGUCUGCACUCCCCCCAUCCUUUGCUAAAUGAUCCCCGUGGCUGCACAAAACGGCAUGUUCUCAGUCUUUUUGAAGCCUCCUCCUCAGUUGUCUGCAGAGACUGUCAAGUCCAUCCUACCCCAAGCUGCUGCAGUGCCCCAACCUGUGUUCACGGGCCCAUCUAUGCCUCAGGGAACCGUGAUGCUGGUCUUGCCACAGAGCACCUUCCCCCAGCCUGCCACCUGCCCAUCCAGUGUCAUGGCCAUCAGGAAUACCAAGCUGUUGCCCCUUGCCCCUGCACCAAUGUUCUUCGCCUCCAGCCAGAACUGUGCCCCUCAGGUAAGGCAGGUUAUAAAGCAGGUGAGGUAAGUAAAGUAGU